CUUGUUGACAGGUGUCGAUAUCAGCUCUAUCCUUCCUCUCUCAAUAUUCCUGUUUCCAGUGCAUCACCUGCACUCUUUUUCCAGCUCUAUUUGUUUUGUCGGUUCAUUGUUCCCUACAACAUUCUGCGACCCUUCAGCUGCAUUGCGUCGAGACUCUUUUUCUCGUCUGCGCCACUCGACCAUUCCGCAUACUUCAACACCAUGAAAUUUGGCUUGUACAUCAAUAAUCGAGGUUGACUUCGAUAUCCGGUCUAUACAGCCUAUACAUAAUCAGAGACUGCGACAUCCUCUUGCAGACCACCUGCGCUAUCAUCCAAACCUGCCGUUCCCCCGUUUCAAGUUCUUUCCCCUGGCAGGAAGUGCUGGAGAAUCCAUGCGCUCCGCAGCAAAACUAUUCCACUUGGCCCUUUUUGCCUUUCUGGGGCUAGCCAAGGCCGAUGGCACUGAUGCGAAACGGGCGCAGCAUGCGUCGGAGAACUGCUUUGACCCUGCGUCCGUCAUUGAUGAUACCUGCGUUUCGUACUCGACGAUUAAUACCUUAAACCAGCGCAUCUACCCAUUACUCCAGGAGAUAACACAAGAGACAGACUUCUUCUCUUACUACCGUCUCAAUCUCUUCAACAAGGAAUGUCCGUUCUGGUCCGACGCGAAUAGCAUGUGCGGCAAUGUCGCCUGUGCCGUGAACACGAUUGACUCCGAGGAGGAUAUCCCGCUCACCUGGCAGGCAGAGGAAUUGAGCAAGCUCGAAGGACCGAAGGCGGGCCAUCCUGGCCGAAAACAGCAGGAGGAGCGGCCCAAGGACCGUCCGCUGCAGGGUAUGCUGGGUGAAGACGUCGGGGAGACUUGCAUUGUCGAAUAUGAUGAUGAAUGUGACCAACGGGACUACUGUGUUCCUGAGGAUGAGGGAUCCGCUGGUAAAGGGGACUACGUCAGCCUGGUGGAUAAUCCAGAGCGGUACACGGGGUAUUCUGGUAUGGGAUCGAGACAGGUCUGGGACGCCAUAUACCGUGAAAAUUGUUUCCUGAAGCCUGUUCCGGAGCUGGGUACGUCGCCCAAUGUCCAAGGUCUGGGCCUCCAGGCUGCUCAGGACUUCCGCAAUGUGCUUCAAGAGGUUAAGCGUGGGGACGUAUUGACGUUGGAUAACGAAUGUCUCGAGAAGCGAGUCUUCCACAGACUCAUCAGUGGCAUGCACGCAUCGAUUUCGACCCAUCUUUGCUGGGAGCAUCUGAACCAGACCACGGGCCAGUGGCAUCCCAAUGUGCAGUGUUUCAAGAAUCGACUGUAUUCGCAUCCCGAGUGGAUUUCGAACAUGUACUUCAACUACGCUCUCGUGUCGCGAGCCGUCGCGAAGCUUCAGAAGCACUUGCAGGGGUAUAAGUACUGCAUCAGCGAUCCGAAGCAGGACUGCGGCACCCGAACGAAGGUUAACGAGUUGACCAGCAUCCUUGCACGUCAGCCGCGGAUAUUCGAUGAGCACCUCAUGUUCCAAGACCCCAGCGCGGUAGGCCUGAAGGAGGAAUUCCGCAACCACUUCAGGAAUGUAAGCAGAGUUAUGGACUGCGUCGGAUGUGACAAGUGUCGACUAUGGGGCAAACUGCAGACUCACGGCUACGGGACCGCCUUGAAGAUCUUGUUCGAAUACGACGAGACCAAGAACGGCGAGAACCCUCCUCUGAGGCGCACGGAACUGGUCGCACUGAUGAACACCUUUGGCCGCAUCUCCCACAGUGUGGCUGCCGCUCAGAGUUUCAUUCAGGUCAUUGAGAGGGGAUGGGAGAAUAUGCUCACCCCCGCACCUGUGGACGUGACGGAUGAAGAUCCUGCCGUGAAGAAAGGGAGAUUAUUGUACAAGGACGGCGCGAACAACUACUAUUUCAAAAACGACGACAGUGAUUUCGAACGUCCGACUGCAAACGAACCGUGGGUGCGACGGCCCCUGGAUGAGUCUGCGAGCGCGAUGGACGAGUUCAAAGCCGAGCUGGCCGUGGUGUGGAACACUUUCGUAUUUGUAUUGAAGAGCUGGUUCAAUAUUCCCAAGACGCUAUUUGAGGUCCUUAUCCUGGAGACCAGCCGUCUCUGGAACUACUGGCUGGGUCUCCCUGUGCCGCCACGCUCCUGGAGAAUCCAAGUGCCCAAGGAGAUGCGCCGUGAUGAGCUAUGACACUCUCUGUUUUAUAUUUUGCAUAGUUGUUGUUGCAUCCGUGUUCUUUUUACCUCUGUAUAAAUAGCAGACGGCUUGGUUGGAUUGGCCGGCGUUUUGGAGGAGGGGACGAGGAGCAUAUCCAUACUUCCCCUGGGAUUAGGGACUAUUUUUACAGCGCUGUAUAUCGACGUCCAAGACUCUAGACUCUUCUCAAGUAUAUUGAAUUGGCGUUCAUGGUGUUCUCUGGUUGCGUUGUGCGCAGCGUCGUACUGGAAAGGGGGUCGACAAAUAUAGAACGAGUCGACUGACAGUUCGCAUCAGGCAUAUGAUCUCUUCCCCGUACUCCAUACACUGCACUCCAUAAUAAUAGCAUAUGGCGAGACUCCAGGCACUGUCAACUUGUCCUAAUCAUAAUACCACGGCAGUCGGCAAGCGGUGCUCGGCGACAUCCUCGGCAUCCGCUCUCAUUUGCUCCCCACGCGGCAGUGAGCCACAUGCCCCAAACUCUUCC